UUGGAAAGUUUCUAAAAACUUUAUUUAUGUUAGUAUUAACGAAAAAAUUUCACUCAUAAUCAUGGAAUUCUUAAACAUGUUAAUAGACCCACUUAAAUUUAGGUUAACCUGCUUCUUGUGUUUGAAACAAAAAGAAGAAAACUUGAGUGUCACUCAAAAACUUUUUAUUUGUGAUGAAUAUCAAUCUGUAGAAACAACUCUAGCUGGUGUGAUGAAUUUUUUGUUUCCAUGUCAUGAUAUUAUAAGUUCUCAAGCCUGUGAAGACUGCUCCAACAUCCUCAUAACAACGUACACGAAGCUUCGAGGACACAAUAUCCUACGAAAAACUCUUUCUUCGAUCACCGGUGCCCUUACUGACGAGGUAAGUAGAAUUAAUCUUAGCUCAAUAGAGGUAGAUAAGAUACAAAUGUACUUAAAAAUGCCCAUAAUUAGUAAAGACGAUCAGGAAAACGUUGUAAAUGACACAAAGUGGACUGAAAAUGAAAUAUGUAUAACAAAUACUGAGAAUUGUAGUAAAUGUGAUAUGAAAUUCAAUUCUAAAGAGUUACUUUUUAAUCAUAAGACUCUAGCUCAUAAGAAUAUAGACCAAGCAGCUGUUUGCGAAUUUUGUGGCAAAGACUGUAAAAAACCUAGUACUUUGAAAAAUCAUUUAAACUGCCAUAGAGUGAAGACUUGUCCGUUUUGCUCAAAAACCCUGAAAUCUCACUCACAUUACCAAAUACAUUUAAAAAAUCAUACAACCAAAGUUAAACCUUCUCGGAAGUGUUAUUAUUAUUUUUGCAACUUGUGCUCAUACCGCAGCCUCAACAAAAAUAGUUUAGAAGCUCACGUAAAUAAAGUACACUUACAAGUAAGACCGUUCAUUUGUGAGAUAUGCGAUAAAGCUUUUUAUAGGAAGAGUAAUCUGACAGAACAUGCUCUGAUACAUGAUAAAAUAAAAAGCCUCACUUGUGAGCAGUGUGGAGACCACUUUGUCACCAAGAAAACGUUAAUCGAACACCUUAGAUUGCAUUCAGGGGAGAAACCAUUUGAGUGUGAGAUUUGCAAUGAACGGUUUGUGACUUCAGGACGACGAUCCGAUCAUUUUAAGAGGAAGCAUAUGGAGAAAACUAUCAGUUGUUUUCUGUGCGAUAAAAAAUUUAGUUUACGGAAAGAACUGAACACACACAUGAAGAAGAUUCAUGGUCAUACUGGAAGUAGUGAGAUACAGUUAAUUGACACUAAUAAUGUAAUUGAACAUUAUUUUGAUGGUACAGUUUUAGUUCCUAAUCCAUCAGGAUCUGUGAUAUAAAUGCUUUUAUAACCCAAUUGA